AACUAGUUCAUGCUCACUUUAGGAGGAAGGUACCAUGUUUUUGUUCGUCAUAUUUUGUUGUCUUAUACUGCCGCCGUCAUGUCCCGGGUUGCUGUUAUCUUUAACAAAACCAGAUGGCAGCAUUGACACGCCAAUGCUCCUACAACAUAUCAGUGUGCUGGAGAAAUCCGUUGCCAGCCUCAAAGCCACUACAGCCGGCCUGCAAUCAGAGUUAGAUGUAACCAAGAAGGACCUCCAGGCAACUCAAAACGAGCUGCAAGUCACAAAAAGUGAUCUGCAGACAACCCAAACAGAACUUCAGAUGAGCAAUGCUGCACACAAUAACACUCCAGUGACAAGAAGCGUUGCGUUCCACGUAUCAGCGCCCUAUACUGCCAAGGCGGGAGUCCCACUAGAAUAUCAGUCCAUUCUCUACAAUGCAGGGUCCGCUUAUAACAUCACUUCAGGAAAAUUCACAGCACCAGUUUCUGGAACCUACAUGUUCUGGACGCAGCUUGACAUGAACCAACAACGCUCUAUGUUGUAUGUUAAGAUUAUGCAAUCUGGCCAACUCACGGCCACUGGCUUUGUGCAAACAGGCAAUGACGUGUAUCAGUCUGACGCUACAGCUGUCGUCGUCAACCACGUCAAAAAGGGCGAGGAAGUGUGGGUGGAACCAAAUGCCUCUAAAGACAUCGACAGUAACGACGGGUCCUAUUUUGGUGGUGUUCUGGUGUCCGGGUAUUCAAAUUAACCUUCUUUAAUUAACGACAACAUGGACAUGUCACCUGUCAGUUCGUCCUUCCAUGUAAGACUUUUCAUUUUGUCAGUGUGGAAUAAAAUAUGAAUAUUUUAA